AUGUCGCCAGGCGUAGAAGGUGAAGGCUUUGAUGCCAGGACCUCGAACGGUAUUCUGGAAGAGCAAAUCGAAGAUGUCGUUGUUUCUGGAGCGGGUCCUGCUGGUUUGAUGCUUGCGUCGAACCUGGCUCGCUAUGGCAUCAAGGCAACCAUCGUCGAUGACAGGCCUGACAAGACGUCUACGGGGCGCGCUGAUGGGUUGCAGCCGAAGACCAUCGAGACAUUUCGUCAGUUGAAAUUGGGGGAUGACCUUCUCCGCAAAGGCGUACGCAUCUACGACAUCUGCUUCUGGAAUUCAGAUUCCAAAAAUGCGUUGCGUCGAACUGGUAGGGAGGCUCACUAUCCCGAGGAUCUCGAUGUGAAGAAUCCGUUCAUCUUGCUUGUCCACCAAGGUAUGGUGGAGGAUAUCUUCAUCGAUGACAUGGCGGAACGAGGAGUCUUCGUCCAUCGCAAUCUGCCGUUCAGCACGUACACGACAACGAACGACCCUGAUGCGCCUAUUUCAGUUACCUGCACCGAAGCAAAGUCGGGCAAGGCUCGAACUCUUCGAGCACGGUACCUCGUCGGAAGUGAUGGGGCUCGUUCGAAUGUCCGCAAAGCUAUGCCUAACACUUCCAUGGAAGGCGAGGCUAGCAGAGCGCCGUGGGGUGUGCUGGAUGGUGUCAUCGAGACCGACUUUCCAGACCUGUGGAGUAAGGUAGUCAUUCACUCAGAAGAGAAGGGAACGAUUCUCUGUAUCCCUCGAGAAAGGAACAUGACCCGUCUGUAUAUCGAGCUUAAUCCACGAAUGGAGGAAUCAAUGCCAUCAGAUGCCGCCACACAAGACUUCGUCAUCAAGCGAGCGCAAGAGAUCAUCGCACCUUACAAGCUUACCUGGAAGUCUGUCGAAUGGUUCAGCGUCUAUAAGGUUGGUCAGAGGGUAGCGUCUCGAUUCACUGACGACACCAACCGCGUGUUCAUCACUGGCGACGCGUCACAUACACAUUCUCCUAAGGCCGCGCAGGGCAUGAACACGAGCAUGCACGAUACUUUCAACCUUUCGUGGAAGCUCAACCUUGCAAUUCGAGGUCUUGCUAAGCCUUCACUGCUGGCGACCUUCGAGGCUGAGCGCCGGAAAAUUGCGGUUGACCUCAUCACGUUCGACUUCGAGCAUGCCGCAUCGUUCGCUGGCGGUGAUGAAAAGGCACUUGCCGAGAACUUCUCGAAGAACGUAGGCUUUAUUAGCGGCGCCGGCGUUAAGUACGAUCCGAACGUGCUCAAUAAGCCCGAGGCAGCUCCCUUGGGCAAGCUUCGAGCGGGGAAUUUGCUACUGCCUGCCACAGCGACUCGAUACAUCGACGCCAAUCCUGUCGAUCUCGAGCUAGAUAUCCCCAUGCUUGGACAAUUCCGCUUAUGGGCUUUCACGCCUGAUGUGCAUGUCGCGAAAGCCUUCCUCGGCAAACUGUACACGCAUCUCACGUCCUCGUCAUCGGUGCUCGGCCGGGCUUCCAUUGCUGCGGACCAAUCGUAUGAGGAGCUCAACGUCCAGCGGCCAGAAAGCGAGGAGUUUGUGCAACCUCAGCGCUAUUACACGGUCUCCCGACUAGCAACCUAUGCUUUAGUGACGACCAUGCCGAAGAAGGACAUCGAAAUCGCAGAUCUGCCAGACCCGUUGCAGAAAUCUAGGUGGACGUUCUACAUUGAUGAUAUACGCAGCGAGUCAACGAAGCAGCCCGAGGGCGUCACGGAGAAAUGGAUUGGGAAGCUAAAAGACGGAGAAGUCGGCUUUGUCAACGUGAGACCAGACGGCUAUGUUGGUACCGUUAGCAGGUGGAAUGUCAAUACGGAAGGCAGUGCGGAGUCGGCGAUGGCUUGGUUUGAUGACUACUACGGCGGAUUUUUGGAAGCAUGA